AUGUGCACAUCACAUGACAUCUCUUCGGAUAGUUUGCCAUCAUCCUUUGCACCCUCCCCAGUACCACUACCACAAACAAAUGCAAACGAUACUGAAUUACAAUUGAUAAAUGAUGAAGGCAAUUUACCAUCAUUACCAUCAUCGAUUUCACCUCCUCAAGCACCAGCACCAGCACCAAUAGUCAUGACUGAAGAAGAAUUAGUGAUUGAUACUAGUGAAAUAGAAAAAAUGGCUUUUCAAAAACAAGAAAUCGAAAAAACCAUAAAAGAAAAAGAAGCACUUGAAGAAAAAGAAAAACAAAUUGAUACUUUUUUUAUGGAUAAAUAUUUUUAA